AUGAGCCCACCUCUGGUGGUCCCCUCCCUUGAACCUUGCCCAGAAAGUGAGAUGAGCUCUGGGACAGGCCUCUCCACUUGCCUUACUGGGCUGACAUCCACAUCGGCCCACAUUUCAUCCGUUGGUUACAAGGUUGAUGAUGAACUCGGGCACCGCCUGCCGGUGCAGCACCAGGGCGAUGCUGGAGGACCGGAAGUUGCUGUGCACGAAGGUGAAGUGAAUCACGUGCCUGGGGAGGAGCAGAGAACCGCCGCCUGCGCCCGCGCCCCACUCGCUGGCAGCUGCGGGACCCCCACUUUAUGUGGGCGCUCACUUUGCAAGCACUUCUCACAGCAGGCGCCCCAGCUCGUCCUGUCCAGGAAGGACCCUGCACUUGCACCCGCGUGGACGCCUCCGUCCAUAAUGUAG